UGUCAGUCUAGUCAAAAAUAGACCCAACUACUGGCUGUGAAAACGACAUUCCCCUCCUGGUCCCGUAUUUCGGAGCUCCAGCCGCUACGGUCGAUACCUUUUUAAACAUGGAUUCCGCAGCAGUAAACGGCUUUCGACAUUUUUGCACGGAGAGCGAUUUUCCACAUCGGAGGAGACAACAAGUGAGCUAGCUGUCUGGCUGCUCGCUCGCUCGUCGUCAUCUCUGGGUUUCUGUAUUUUUGUCAGACAGGUUUGCAAAACGUCUAAGGCAGGUGAGAAGACCGAAAACUGAAACGGCGAACAACGGAGCCGCUCGGCAGCUAACGCAUAGCUUUUUUUUUUUUUUUUUUUUUUGCCGUGUUGGGAGCUACACCAGUCUCUGUUGCAUAAGCUAAAAUUAUUCUUCAUAAGCCAUGGCCUGCAGUUUCCUAAACACGGACGAGGCAUCUCCGCCAGCUCUGACAGACCUGUGUCUGACCCAUGUGAGCCAAAACCUGGAGUGUUUCUGUGUGAAGCGUCCUGAUGGCUCCCUGUGCUUCAGAGAGGCUGUGCUCUUCCCACAGGAGCUGGCAGACCAGCUGCUGGCCAAGAUGGCCACUGAAGGUCUGUUGAAUGACAGCACAGUGGGUGUAUUUCGGAACUGCGAGUAUCUGCGGCUGAGACGAGCCUGCAUACGCACAGCUCGCAUCUCCGCGGAGGCCUUCCAGAAAGCCGUCUGCCCACACAGACUGCUGGAGCUGGAUGCUGCCAGGGUCAACGCAGACCUCACUAUUCCCGAUAUUCUGCAGGGACUGUCCACAAAUAAAUAUUGUCAGGAGUCCCUCCAGCGACUUGUCCUAACAGGUCUAACCAUGUCCUCUCUAGAGGAACCGAUCCGGCAUCGCUUCAGCUCCCUGCAGGGCCUCCGCUCCCUCUCUCUAGCCAACGUAGACUUCUACGACUCCGGGAUUGUCGAUGUGUGUUCGCUGCCUCGGCUGGAGAGCCUCGAUCUCUCCAACACUUCAGUCACCAACCUGAGCCCCCUGCUGGGCCUGAAGGAGCGUCUGCGCUCGCUCACUCUGCACCAGCUGAAGAGGCUGGAGAUGAGCACCGCUCAGCUGCUGGGAGUCAUCGGCCAGUUGAACGUGUUGCAGCACCUGGACAUCAGUGAUGAUAAGCAGUUUACCUCUGACGUGGCUCGUCAGCUGCUCGGACAGCCAGGGAUCCUGCCCGCUCUCGUUUCUUUGGAUGUGUCGGGGAGGAAACAGGUGACAGAUGCAGCUGUUAAGGCUUUUGUUGAGGAGAGACCAGGGAUGACCUUUGUGGGACUUCUGGCCACAGAUGCUGGAUUUUCAGACUUCCUCUCUGGAGAAGGAAAUCUAAAGGUAACAGGAGAAGCCAAUGAGACGCAGAUCUGUGAGGCCCUGCGUCGCUACAGUGAGAGGGAAGGUUUUGUGAGAGAAGCUCUGUUUCAUCUGUUCAGCCUGACCCACGUCAUGGAGAAACCCCGGCCCGACAUCCUCAAGCUGGUUGUCUUGGGUAUGAAGAAUCACCCUGCCACUCUGAAUGUCCAGCUGGCAGCCAGCGCCUGUGUGUUCAACCUGACGAAGCAGGACCUGGCAGCGGGAAUGCCUGUGCGACUGCUGAGUACCGUCACUCAGCUGCUACUGGAGGCCAUGAGGACGUUCCCCAACCACCAGCAGCUGCAGAAGAACUGCCUGCUGUCGCUGUGCAGUGAUCGCAUCCUGCAGGAGGUUCCCUUUAACAGGUUUGAAGCUGCCAAACUAGUGAUGCAGUGGCUCUGCAACCACGAAGACCAGAACAUGCAGAGGAUGGCCGUGGCAAUCAUUUCCAUACUGGCUGCUAAGUUGUCCACAGAGCAGACGGCUCAGCUGGGAGCAGAGCUGUUCAUAGUGAAGCAACUGCUGCACAUUGUACGUCAGAAGGCGACUCAGGGCGUGGUGGACGCCACCCUCAAAUUCACACUGAGUGCACUGUGGAACCUCACUGAUGAAUCGCCAACAACCUGUCGCCAUUUUAUCGAGAACCAGGGCCUGGACCUGUUUAUUAAAGUUCUCGAGUCCUUCCCCAAUGAGUCCUCCAUCCAGCAGAAGGUUCUCGGUCUGCUGAACAACAUAGCGGAGGUCGGGGAGCUGCAUGUAGAGCUGAUGGUGCAGGGCUUCCUGGACCACAUCAGCACUCUGCUGCACAGCCCAGAGGUGGAGGUCAGCUACUUCGCCGCAGGCAUCCUCGCACAUCUGACGUCACGAGGAGAGGAAGCCUGGACGCUGAGCACAGAGCUACGAUCCUCACUGCUGGAGCAACUGCAUGAUGUCAUAAUGCAGUGGCCCCCGCCUGAGUGUGAAAUGGUAGCCUACAGGUCAUUUAACCCUUUCUUUCCCCUACUGGAGUGCUUUCACACCCCUGGUGUCCAGCUGUGGGCAGCCUGGGCCAUGCAGCAUGUCUGCAGCAAAAAUGCUGCUCGCUACUGCAGCAUGUUGUUGGAGGAGGGCGGCCUACAGCAACUUGAACUCGUUCAUACGCACCCACAGACCCACAAAGACGUCAAACUGUUGGCUAAGAGCAUUCUGGAGAGCCUGCAGCGCCACAGAGCCCGCACCGGCCAGCCUGCACAGACACACACAACUCGCCGCCCACCGCCGCAAUAACCUCACAGUAAAUGAGGCUCCCUGACUGAGAGCAGGUCAUAAGCUGGGAUCCACCACAGAGGGGGUUGUUUUUGUGUGUGUGUGUGUGUGUGUGUGUGUGUGUCUGUCUGUCUGUCUGUCUGUCUGUCUGUCUGUCU